CUCCCAAACAUCCGCAUCCACCACAUCACGCGGCCACGACCACAGGGCCCUCCUCCCCCUCUACCUCCUCUGGACCGAUAUCUUCGCUCCCUUAACGACUUCGCCGCUCUUGAGCCGCUUGCAGCAACCGCCAGCAGCGCAGCGACACUUCGAAGCCGAACCUCCGCCUCGCCGCGCAAGCUCCCGAGAGCACGCAGUCGACGCUUCGUGCGGAAGCGCCUACUCUUCCCUCGUGGCGACCAGCAGAUUCUGACACUAGACUCGCAAAUUGUUAUGGCAGAGCAGAUCACCCACGAUGUGGUAAAGGAAGCACAGUCGAUGGGUGGCCCCUCGCCCGUCGACGAUACUGCGUCAACUACCAACACUACCGCCGGCAACGGCGAGGCGCCCUCGGGCCCAACCACUCUCGAUUCCACAUCUUCAGACGCCCUUCCCACGACGACGAAAGCAAAGCCCGCGGAUACAGCACCGGCUGAUGUAGCGCAACCGUCCGAAACAGCUGGUGGAGAUGCUGCGCAGGCCUCCGCGACAGCCACCAGUGGCCAAGCGCAACCCGAUGCAACCCCGAAGGAGACGAAAGAGCACCUAGCGAAUGGUGAUGCGGGCGAGCAUUCAACGGCGGAAUCACAGCAUGCAGUUGGAGAUGCAAGUGGCGGCUCGGACACGGAUAUCAGUCGCCCAGGCAGUGUCGACCAAGCCAAGAGGCCUGAAGGCCAUCUGCGAACCAACUCUGUCAAGAAGCCCGCCUCGUUCAAAUCUGUCUCGGUAACGAAGAAUUUCCUGGCAAAGUCUGCCGUGUCCACGCCCAUCGCGCGUCCGGGCGAAAAACCUGCACCUGCAGGGCCAACCACCGCCUCCACCCUACAAACAGCAAAGCCACGUCUGGUUGCGAAGUCCGGCGCUAGUAACGUCCCUCGUUCGUUGAAGCUGAACGGGGCAGGCUCAGGACCUGAUGCGAGCAAAGUCUGGAACAAGAACCAGCCCAUCCCGCCCCCUCCGCCCAAACAAUUCACGGACGAGGAGCUACAGAAACAGUAUGGCAUUCAUCUGGCAACCCGUCUACAAGCGGACGAGGCUGGCAAGGAAUCAAAAUGGGCAGACAUUGAUGACGACGAAGAUGAUUGGGCGCCGGAAACAGUGCAGUGGAUGGACGGGACCAAGUCAACUGUUGCCGCGGUCGAAAAUCUGCCACCUCCACCCGAGGAUGCAAGACCCGCCGCGAAUAAAGAGACGCUUUCGUUGGCUACAAAACCCACACCCAGCCCAGCUCCGGCUUCCCAGAAGCCGAGUACGACCGGCGGUACGAAGACGAUCUUGAAGCCCGGAGCUCUUCUACAAUCGAGCACUUCGAAGCCUAAGGGGCCGAACGACAAGCCUACACUGGUGGCUAAACCAUCGCAAGCUGCUCCGGUCAAGUCGCCAUGGGCACCCUUGCCUCCGGUGGAGAAGGUAUCUCCAGUGCAGGUCAACCCUGCGGUGCAGCCGCCUCCGCCUCGGUAUGGGCACCGAGAAUCUCAUGGAUACGAUGCUAUGUCUGCACUGCCUGCUAAAGAGAUCGCCCCCGACGAUUUCAAUCGCUCGUGGCGCGACGACCGCGGCAACCGGGAGCUCUUCAACGCGCACAGCGGUCGUUAUGAGCAGUUCAGCGAGACCCGCCGUGGUUCCACACGAGACACCUUCCGCCACCAGCCUUCUGUCCUUCAGCGACCAUUACAAGACAGCCCGGCAGAACCAUCAGCAGCAUUCCAGACUUCACGGACUAGCGCAGACGGACCAGCCUGGGGUAGGCGGAGAAAUUCUUCGAAUGUUAGCGGAGGCAGUGGCCGCCGGAUGUCAUUUGACAGGAGAGCCCCAGACUACCCUCCAAUGCCCAUGAACAUGCAUCGCCGAGAAUCUCUGUCGUUUAACGGCAUCGAUGCCUCAGUUCCAGAAACCCCCGGGCACGUACUACCUCCGCAAGGAACCCCUACCGAUCAGCCUCCUUCUUUUGCACAGAAACCAUCCCCAGCCAUAUCACAUGUGCAACCUGUUUCGCCUUUCGGCUCAGUAGGCUCAUCAGCCAAUCAAGAAGCUCUAACACCUGGUGGUACUCAGCCGAUUCAGAACUUGGUGGAAGUUCAGCAGCGCCUUCUGCACGGCGAUCUUGAGUCUAUCAAGCUAAGGAAGCAGAGGGAGAAGGAACAAGAAGCAAAAGAAGAAGCAGAAAGGAAGGAGCGCCUUCGGAAGAAGUUGGAGGCUUUGGGAUUCAACGAGGAACCUAAGUCUAAGAAAGAGAAGGCAUUGCCUGCACCAGUACAAUCGCCGCCGAAGCCGCCUGUACCGACCUCAGAGGGUGAGGUCGCUCAAUACGGCAUGAUGAAGGUCCACCAACCUCAGCCUGUAAAGAAGCUGUACCCUACUGAGCCUCCACCGGCAUCCAAGCCUGCUGCGCCGAAGCCUAGUCCUUCUCCGGUGAAGGCGCAGCCCGAGCUUCAAGCAAAGCCUGUGCCUUCACUGCACCAGCCUAGCGCGCCCGGGAACAAUUCUACUCGCGAAGAGAACAAAAACCUGUCAGAAGCGGAACAAUCGCAAGCGCAGCAAUUGGAAGUGGCCGGCCCGCAAGGACCUAAGCCGCCGCAGCCUCCACAAGCUCCCUGGUCCACGUCUGUACCUCAGCGACCUUGGACCUCUACUGUUUGGGGACCCCCUCAAGCCAAAGACAGGGCUCUCGGGAACGGAACAUUCGAUUCUGGAUACAAUCGGAGCCAGCCUCACUCGGGCCCUCAGCAAAUUCCCCCACAGGCCCAAGCCAAUGCCGCGUCUAUCGCGUUGAAUCUUCCGCUGAAGCCGUCACCUCCGCAGCAACAACCUCAAGCACCGCCUAGCCAGCCGUUUGCACAACAAGCCAUGUUCUCUCAGGCCGCGCCAGCGCCGCCCCAGGCUAACGCGGCCUCUAAGCCCGGACCUGGACCGAUUGGUCCUCCUGCAGACAAAGGCUGGGGUAAUUUCCAUGCCCACAUUCGACGUGACGAUCGGGAUAUGGUUGUGAAAGCGCAACAAGAUCUCGAGCGCUUGGGACCCGAUGCUCUGCGACCCGAAAUUCGGGAGACGUACACCGAUCGACAGGGCAAAUCGCAGACGACAUUACAUGGCAAGGCCGGUGGUAUCGAGGCGAAGACUUCUCAACCGUCUGUUGCACCAGAGCUGAAACCGAAGGAUGAGACUAGCAAAGCCGGACACGACGGUCCCUCACCGCCUCACAUUAUGAACCAGGGCUCUCACCAUCAGCCAUCGACCCAGGCUGGACGCUCAUCACGCUUCUUUCCAAGGCCCUCGGAAACCGCCCAGCAGGCCUCGUCAGUUUCAAGCAAAGUCGAUUCACCGCCUCCACCGGAGACGGAGUCUCAUCCAGCAUUCAGCGGCGACUCGCAUCACCCUCGCGUUAAGAUGCCCAAGCCCCCACCACGUGUGCGACUCCCUCCCACCGCCGUGGAGCCCGUCGCUCAUGCUGAGGCUCCCGUAAGCAUGCCUCCUCGUACGCGCGUGGGCUUUGGAGCGCAGCCUCUGGCUAGUACUCUGGAAUGGCAAGCCAGGUUCAAUGGUCUUCUUGGGAAGCCCUCUCCCGCUGGGGCACCGACCCCAAUUGCUAGACCUCAUCCACCUGCGCAAGCAGCAGCACACGGUAAAUCUGGCACCCUCGCUGUAUUUGCUUCCUCCAAGGCACCAUUGGAAGUUCGUGAGACUUUGACAUCCGCAACCGUCUCCCUCCCGACCGCCGCCACCCGGAAAGCCCCUUCCGAUUAUGACAACCGCGACAUCAUGACUCGUAUUAGCGCGGAGGAAGCUCUCCUCGAAGAUCGAGAAUUUGGUUCUUUGCCUACCGUCAAGCCUCCUAAGGUCCCUCAUCUUGCAGCGAACGAACCAGCAGCUGGCUUCCCACCGACUCCUCGUGGAAACUCUAGAUUUCAGCGGCCCUUAGACAUUUUCACCAGAACUAUGUUCGAUGGCGAAACGCAUAGGCAUGCGGAUAACAUCAACAUCUCGAUUUGGCUCAAGGAGAAGCGGGGCACUUUCACGAAAUCCAUCCCAUGGAAGCGUAAGGGUGGAAAGGGCCCUGGGCCGAAGUCCAAACGUCCUUAUACCCCUAAUGGCACGUCCACCAACGGCCGGAACGAGCGUCCUCGUAAGCCGUCCAACUACCAAGGCCAACGAUCGGACUCAAACAGCUCGACCCGCGCUUCCUCUGGCAACGGUUGGUCCAAUAACCGCUCCACCCCGCCCCACAACAAUCACCCGUGGGGCAGGCGCGCACCUUCUUCGGCCCCUGUUCACUGA